AUGCGCUGCACCACUAACAACGCGCGUCUGAACGUUGGGCUCUAUGGUGUCCAUACGGUUGGUGUCUUCCUUCCGUGGCACCGCUACGCCAUCUGGAUCUUCGAAUCUGUGCUUCGCUCGGAAUGCAACUACACUGGCGCACAACCCUAUUGGGACUGGACUCUCGAUAACGCAUCGACGGGCAACGGCUCCAUCCUGACCUCACCCGUGUUGGAGGCUUUCGGCGGCAAUGGUCUCGAACCAUCGGGCUGCAUCCAAAGGGGCCCGUUCUGCGGAGAUGAUCCUCUGAAUAUCGAAACUGUCGAGUCAAUGGCAGAUAAUCCGCGCUGCUUGACGUGCGCUGUUGAUGUCGAUAUGUUCGACAGGGGUGCUAAUUGGGAUGAAGUCUACCCGCCGACCAUGCAGGCGAAGAAUUAUUAUCAGCUCCAGAAUUUUAUCGACGGAUUGAGUUUUGUCCAUGAGGCGGAUAAGAUGCCCACUAGUGCAGGUAUCAACCCGCACGGUCUAGGACAUAUGGGUGUUGGUGGCGAUAUUAGAGACAUCUGUUCCUCUCCUAAUGAUUCACUUCUCUGGCUACACCAUACCCAACUCGACUACAUGUGGACGCUUUGGCAAUUUCGCGAUCCUACCCGCCUGACCGAUAUCAGCGGCCCAAGAACCAUGGAAGGCUUAGGCCCCGGUCGCGAUGCUGUUGAACAGACUACAGCAGACACACCGGUGUGGAUAGGCUUUGUCGGAGACGAUGCCAAGGUCUGUGCGAUUCUGGAUACGAUGAACAGAGAGGGUGGUGGUGUACUGUGCUACAAGUAUGAGGACUCGCCAUCCCUCACCGGGCGAAACCUCACAACUCAUUUGCGAAAAGCAUAA